AUGGUUAAAUCUAGAAGAGAGGAAGACAACAGAAGUGUUAUUUUCGCAUUCACAGCAGAUUACAGGACUCGUUCAGACCCUCCAGUUCCAUUGAAUUAUGUUGGCAAUUGCGUUAUGCCACAUCUAUGCACUGCAACAGCAAGAGACUUGACAGAAGAAAACGGGGUUGCCUUUGUUGCAGAGAAAUUAAGCCAUGUAGUCAAAGCGUUAGAAAGGGGAGAACUUGAAGGAAGAAAAGACACACUUUCAAGGAUGUUGAUAGCACUUAAAUCCAUGUCUGAAGGAGUACAAGCCCUUUCGGUAGCCGGGUCGACCCAGUUUGACGUAUACGGGUCAGAUUUCGGGUGGGGGAGACCGAAGAAGGUAGAGAUUGUAUCAAUAGAUAGGAGUGGAGCUAUUGCUUUGGCCAAGAGUAGAGAUAGAAGCGGUGGUGUUGAGAUUGGUGUGGCUUUGAAGAAGCAAGAAAUGGAAGUUUUUUCUGCUCUAUUUGUCGCUGGGCUAAAAGAUAACAUAUAA